AUGCACUAUACUCGGGUGCUGUAUGCUCAUUGUAGCGCAGAAGCAAAUGACUUCGAGGCGAACUUCGGGAACGAUCAUUCUCAGCCGCGGUCGAUUCGUGGCAGAAAUGGAAUCUCGGACCAAGUAACACUCUCCGAUGGCACAAAUGGGUUCGUGGAUAUCAGAGCUCAGGCCCGCGCGAAAGACGAGGCUCGCCAACCCCGAGCUGGAGAAGUAAACGAUGAAAACCAAAUUGCCACGCGUCCCGAAGACAAGUGUCUCCCGAAUCCCUCGUGUCGAUAUGGAAGAAUAGCUGACCCCCAAUGGCCUGUCCCGAAGGACCUUUCAAACGCGCGUAUCCCAGAAGGAGGGACUUCUAACAUAGUAUUCUCGUCUGAUUCCUUGGAUGUCUACGUAUUGUCCUGUCCUAGACGCCUGGGCCCUGAAAUGAGGGUAAUCGAUGGUUGCACCACCCUUGUACUCAAUGAUCGUCAAGCCUGCAAACCGUUGAAGCUCCAUGCACGCGCAGCUUUUGCCUUGCCCUCUCUCGACAACCUGGAGUCUCACUCCACUCCAUCAGCGAUCUCGAGCAGCAGCAGCCAUUACGAUUCUCGUUACUUUGGUAAACAUCGUGGCCUCAUUACACCGACGCCUGCGCACACUAGGGACGUGCGGCAUGGUCAAGAAGCCGCGAUAUCUUCUGCGUACAAUCCUACUUCCCCUCGCUCGAUCGCAACAUUUGAUGAAGCCUCUUGGAUCGAUUUUCCAGAGCUUGCGGCCUUGGCGCGGCCUUUGCUGGGCAACCCCGAACUUGAUACGAUCAUACAACUAUUGGACGAGUCUCUGCAUAAUCAUCCUAAAACGCCAGCUGCGAGAUCAGUCCACGGAGCUCUUCCUGCCUCGCCGACCCUCGCGAGCGCACUACUCGAUACUGCUGAUGCUAUUUGGUGGAAUCAUUUCUCGACAUUGUGCAAAGGAGAGACGGACAACAGUCCCUACGAAUCAGGAAGGGACCUUGCCAUGUGCUUAUUAUUUUCCGAUUACGAUGGAGCCUCUUCCACACUCCAUCCCGAGGUGACUUCUUUCUCUACCCCAAGCCCGCCGCGUUCGGUAUACGAAUAG